UUCUCUUUUGAAAAAAAAAACAUAACAAAUUCAGUGAAUAUAUAAAUUAAAUAACAAACAAAAAGAAAAUGUAUACCGUUUCAAAGGGUCCAAGUAAAAUUGUUGCAAAAACACGAAGAGGUUUGGCGCAAAAUUAUGAAAAAUUUGAAACAAUCAAAGAAAGUGGCAAGAAGUCAUCAGAUCUUCAAAGUCCGGAAGCCUAUGUGCCCAAAGCGGUGUUUCAAACGUCAAAAAAAUCCAACCUGCAUAGCAUGAAACCAACAGAAGAAGAAGUUCUAACCCCGCAACAUGAAGAAAUAAUUCAAUACAUAAAUGAAUCGUGGAAUAAUAUAAUAGUGGCAGAUAACCCUUACGACACAAAUUCAACUGAUUCAAACAAUUAUUCUGCGCCAUCAUCUGCCUUGUCAUCGGUGGCGUCCUCAGCGUCUUCGUCACCUUUAACGCCUUCCUCACCUACACCAGUUUACUGUGUCGAACCACCAAGUCCAGUACUAAGUGACUUCAAGCCUUUCGAUUUGGAAUCAUGGUGGGGUAGACGUUUGUUCCAGAACAUCACAAAGAACCUGUGAAUGAUUUCUUUAAGAAAAACUCAUUAUUAUCAUUAAUAUUAGCGCAAUAUUAUAUACAUCAUCUAAACGGCAUCUCAUCUUUUUAUUUUUAAAUUAUAAAAAUAAAAUAUUGUUAAAAAAUAAAAACAAAAUAAAAGAGAAAAUAAACAAAAAAGAAGAAAAAUAAAAAUCAAGCGCAGCGAUUAAGAAACCGAAAACGACGACAAAAUAUAAAAGAAACAUUCUGUUUUUAGAAAAUAAGUAAAAUUAAAUAAAAUUGGUUGAGAAUUUAAAAAAAUAAAACUGAUUAUAACAAAAUAAGCUUAAAAUUUAAAACUAUCUAAAAGAUUUAAGUUAAUAUCAGUCAUAAAGGAGCUUUGAAACAAAUAAUAUAUCAAAAGUUAAAAGUUUCUUUAAAAAUUCCUCUAAAAGUUAGGCCCUAAAAAAUUGCCAUUGAAUAAUAAUUUUGAAUUUUUGUUGGCUAUUAAUAAAUUCAUGAUAGAAAAAUAUCAAACGUUCCUUUUAAUUGUCUAUAAAUAUGAGUCAUUAAUUUUCUGGGCCUAUUUCGGAAUUCAAAAACUCAACAUACAGUGCCACACAAAAGUUUGCGUACAACGUAACGUAAUGUGAACCGUAAGUGAUAUAGCAAGUUCAGUUCAACAUAAAUUCGAUAUGUUUAUUUUUAUUUAAACAAUCAACAAGAAAACUAAAAUAGUUUUAAAAUUUUUUCUACAAAAGUUUGCGUACGUCUAAAGGAAGAACUUUAUAAGAAUAAAUUGCACUUUAUUACUUUUGGUAUCAAUAUUUUCUCGGACAUACUUAAAACUUCGUUACUUCUUUUAAAAGGGUUGUUUCAUUCGAGUAUUAAAGCGUCUUUAAUUUAGGCUUUAAUUCGAAUAUCAUGGGUGAAUAUUUUUAUCGAGCUCAUCCCAAAUAUGAUGGACUGGGUUUAUGUCUGGGCUUUGUGGUGGGAUUCUUAGUUUGUGCGGUGUAUUAUAUAAGAGUCACAAACGCCUGUUAUGUGCGGUUUGUUUGAGGUAAUUGUCUUGAUGCAGGGAGAAGUCGUUGGAAAGACCCAGCUUGUCGGAACUUAAUUCAAUUUUUUUUUAGGAUAUCAAUGAACACAAACUGAUUCAUAUCAUCAACGACUGCUUCCAGCUUAAAUAUCCCUGAAGAUACCAUAAAACCCCACACCAUAAGACCUCCACCACCAUUCUUCACAGUCUUUACAGAGCAUUUUAGAUUAGGGUCAACAUUUGGCCUUCUCCACGCAAUACGGCAGCGACCGUCAGACCCAAAAAUGUUAAACGUAGGCGUGCCAAGGGAACUCCUUGUCCAAGUCGUCUCUGCCUGUUUACUUUGUUCACUAAUGGAUUUUUUCUGGAUGUGCACGACUUAAAUUCAUUUCUAACUAUGAUCCUUCAAACCGUUAUUGCCCAUGUUUUGCAUUUCACUUCUUGUAAACACACUUUACGGAAGUGGAUUUGGGUGUUCCACAAUUCGUUAUUGUGAAUUCGAACUUGCAAAUAGAUGUUCUGUAUUUCGGUUUCUUCCAUUUUUUAACGUAUUCAAAUCAAAUUUUGUAUUUCUGUGAAUUGAUCUUUGAUAGCUUCCUUCAGCUGGAAUCGGAAUAUUGCAGCAAGUUUUCGAAUUGAAGGAAUCGAUUAAGGUAUAAUAAAAUGUUCUAUUUCCCUUAGAACAUAUAAAAAAGCGUCUUUGCCUAAUCUUUAAGAUUUACAGUGAAAUCCUAAAAGAGGAAACCAAGAAUUUACUUCAUUCAUCAAAACAAUUCUACAUAAGUUUCACACAAUCGAAAUCGAAUAAUAUAUUUGAUUUGUCUAGCAAAAUUCGUCUUCUUAUUUUUUCUCUUGAAUUCUGCUUGCUUUUUUCACUUAAAAUUGACAAUAAUAUUGCACCCAUCUUUAAAACAGCAAACAUUUUACUUUAGAAACAAGGAAGGAAGGAUGAUCCUUCAGUUCUGAAAGUUCGAAGCAAUUUCAAAGUUUUCGAAAUCGAUCGAAUUGAAGAACAAGCAAUUUCGUUUAACUUCAAAUUGAAAAGUGAUUUCAAUUCACUUUCGAUCGAAAUUCGGAACAUGAGCGUUUGUGAACUUUAGAAUUGUGAUGCGUUUCUACUUCCAAGCUGAUCAUCUGCCCUGAGCCUGCCCUAAGCUACUUAAGUGAUCUAUGGUUCUUUGGAUCAUUGAUCGACUUCUGCAAGUUUUUUUUUCGAAAUUUCGCAUUCGUAUUACAUUCGAUGUUUCACCGAAAGAUUAAUUAUCCACGCAAUUUCACUCACGCUUAACUUUUUUUUUUUCGCACAGGGUGUCACUUAAACUUUUCAUAAUCUGUACGCAAACUUUUGAGAAUGAAAAUUACAACAUUUUUAUUUUUUUUUUAUAUGUUGAAUCAAAAAUAAAAUUAUUGAAUUUGAUUUUCAACUUAAUUUGUCCUGUUUUUUCGCUGUACGCAAACUUUUUUGUAGCACUGUAGAGUAAAAUAAAAUAAAUAACAAAAACUACUUGUAUUAUCAAAACGGCAGUUAAAAAAGAAUAAAAUACAUUAAAACUUA